GAAAACGGUAACUACUGCUAACGGAGAAAAGGGAGAGAAAAACACGGUUAAAUUGUACAAAAAGGAAUGGUUCUAGCUACAGUCGACAGGGGAACAAGCUCUUACGUUGGUUCGUUGUCUGAUACACGGCAAGGAAUAAUAAAGGUCAUUCAACAACCAUCAGUUCUGGCCUUCUCAUUUCGACUGGAUGCUACACCUCAAAAUGCAUAUUGGACUGUGUUUCGACUCGACAUAAUAUCGUAUUUGAUGUACUUCACCGUAACAUCAUCUCCCCCUGCUGGCGGGUGACUAUGUAUGCAGCUCCAGUGGAUUUAUCUUUUAAAAACAUCAGCAGUUUAACAGACACAUGGAUAGAGGAGCCCAACAGCGGUCUGCGGCCUUUAAAGCGAAAUUCAGAGAUGAAAUAUCUCAUGUUUGUCCGCCUCAACAACAACAACAUCACUGACCUUCAUGACCUCCAGAAGACUGUUAGCCAUUUCCUGGCUCAGCCGGCACAUCUAACCUGGUUGGAUCUUUCCUUCAACAAAAUCACACACAUAGACCACGUCUUGUGUGAGUUGCGUGAACUGCGUGUGUUGUACCUUCAUGGAAACAGCAUUUUUAUUCUGUCAGAGGUGGACAGGCUGGGAGUGCUGCCACAUCUGCACACCAUCACUCUGCAUGGAAAUGUCAUAGAAACCAACAAGGCAUACAGGAAUCGUGUGAUUUCCGUCCUGCCUCGGUUAAAGACGAUGGACUUCAGCGCCAUAACGCGACAGGAGCGAGUCUUGGCAAAGAUCUGGUACCAGAGCAACAGCCGCUGCAGGAGCAGCAAGGUUAACCAGUGACUGCUGGCUCGUCUCCAUCCAUAAACUGAUACUCUUUACCUAUUUGUCUAGUGCACACUUUAUUAAGCAUGAAGCACACGUAAAGGGAUGAAGCACAAAGAAAAGGAUUAAUCCAAACACUGAAUAAAGAGGCAGACAUUACCAUUAAAAAACUAGCUGUAUGAUCUGGCAUUGUAUAGAUGGCAAGCCAGUCCUUAAAUACUAAGGGUAUAUGAGAAGGUGAGAGCUGCAGAGAAAGCAGGAGGGUCACAGAGAGAAAAAUAAAAAAGAAGAGGGAGAGGCUCUGGGA